AUGGCCGACGAUACGCGGAAUACCGUCGAUUUGAAUGCGCUGCCGCCAAAGCCCCGCGCGCCGGCAAACACUAUGCCCGGAGGCACAGCGCAUACAGCAGGCGGAGAAAAGACAUCAGAUGGCGGCCCCACAUAUAUCGACGCAGUACGCAGUCUUGGGCCAGAGUACUACUUGAACUUUCACAAGCGCCCUUGCGUACGAGACAGUCAAUUGCAAGGACUAGCAGCUGGCUUUGCAGGAGGAAGUUUGGCCGCUAUAAUAGGGAAGCCGGUCAUCACAUCCUCCAACUGGGCCGUAGCAACCUGGUGUGGCGUCUCCGUCGUGUCCUAUCAAGUAUGCCAGUACUACCGAUCCAAGGAAAAGGCCGGCAUAAAACAAGCACAAGAGCUCAUGGAGAAGAAGCGUGCGAGUAUUGAAGCAAAGAAGGAGGCUCGGCGGAGGGCGAGGGAAGAGCAAGAUCGACUGGAAAUGGAGCGGAAGGCAGAAGAGGAGAGGAGAAAGAGCUGGAGUUAUUGGUACCAGAAGAACGUCAAGUUCUGCACAAGGAUAGCCACGCGCAAAGUAACAACAGCAGCUGGGGCUGAUCACAGUGCUGAACGCACCAAAACCGAAGCCUUCUUCUGGAAGCCAAACGUCUGGGAGAUCAAGCGUGUUACCAUUAACGAAUUAUCGCUGCUCGUCGCGAAAGCUUUUGACCUGGACGACAAGGAGACGCCCAAAUAA